AGGAGAGGGUGCAUAUGCCCCAUGCAAUCUCUCUUUUUUGGAUCUCUCAAUCUGCUCUCAAAUAAUAUAUUUUCUUAAUAUAACCACCCUUUUUUAAUUUCUUUCUCCUCAUUUUCAUAUCUAUUUUCAUGAUUACUUCUGUUUGUUUGAUCUUUGAUCAUACUUCUUUCCUCUUUAAAUUUUUCUCUCUCAGAUUCUCCCUUCACUCUCCUUGGAAAACAUGAGCCGGGUUCGUGCCAUUUCGUCUCCUGAUUUGCUUCCUUCUUCCUUGAAUGAUCAUACCAAUCACAACCAGAAUAUUCAAGAUCGCCCAGAUGAUUUGAGCUUAGAAGGUGUUUCGACAAAUAUAAAGCUACUGCUAAAACUGAUCCAAGAUCACAAUGAGGCAUGCGCGAAAGACAUUAACGAUGAGCGGAAACUACAGAGAGUGGCAGGAAUGAUGACAAACAUUCUUGAUGAUGUUAAAUUCAGAAUCCAAAAGUGCCAAACUCUUAGCAAGAAACGAGAGGCGGAGCUCAGGCGGUGCAACACUGACCUUAGGCCUGGCCAUGUCCCCAGAGACAAAAAGCCUACUGAAGCAGGAGGCGAGGAGAAACAGAAGAUGAAAAAGGAGCUGAAUGCGAGCUUGGCAGCACAGAAGAGCCUUGAAAUAAUGUGUUCAAGCUUGGGGAAGGAGAAGGAGAUUAUGGCAACAGAACUUGCAAGGAGGGUCCAAGAAUUGAGUGGGACAGAGGAGCUUGUCAAUGACCUCAAAGCCCAAAAUGAGAUGCUGUUGGAGAAAGUACAAAAUUUUGUGGCUGAGCACAAAGAGGAGGAAACUCUAGGAAAUGAAGCCCUCCAAGAGCGUAACAAGGCGCUCUCAGAGAAGCUCCUCAAGUCCAUUGAUGGGUAUCGAUCCUUGAAGAGGAAGUUGAAAGAGGCCCAGGAGGAGAAUGCAGGACUUCACAUGACAUUGGAGGAAGUGGGGGUGGAUGUAGCAGCUGGCCUAGACCAAAUCCGUAGCUUCAGGCAGCGGAUCAUCACAGGGAAUGAACAAGCAGUGGAUAUUGAAGAGGAAAUGUCGGCAUUGGUACAUAUGUUUGAACGCUUUGAAAUCAAGGCAACAAAGCAUAGACAGAAGAAAAGUGAGUGUGUAAAACCAAAGGUUGUGAUUAAAGCCAGUAGCCCUUCAGUUCUCGCAUGAGAAGCAAGGAGGACUAAGAAAACAAAGUGACAAUUGGGGCUCUGCUAGUUUUGUUUUUUCCUGUCAAGGAAAAUGCAAAUUAUCCCAUAGUUUGGAAUUUUAAAUAAGAGGUUUGAGUGUUUGUAAUUAGUGAUCCAAUAACAGGUUCAGCAUUCCAGCCUAUAUCCCCUGCCCCGGAAUAGUUGUGUAAUUCCCUUUUUUGACCUUCUUCCCCCAUCUUGUAUGCCAUUGUUAAUGAGAAGAUUUUCUUGAA